CGCGCACCCAAACUGCGAGCGGGUUUCGUUGGCGCGUUUUCUGCACCGCACCGUGAACCAUUUAGCGCACACCAGCAACAAACAUGGCCGAUAUGCAGGACUCCGAAAUGAACGGUUCCAGCCAAGAUACGCAGGAAAACGGCAACAACCAAGAGACCCAGAUGGACAGCGAUGAACCAAGUGAGAGCAAUAUGCCAAUCGAAGAGGCCACUGAUGAUGGCGGCGGAAGCGCCGUCGAAGGAGGCGGAGGUGGCGGUAGCGGCAGUGGUGAUGGCCAAGCCGGCCGGGACGACGACCGGAAGCUGUUCGUUGGAGGACUCAGCUGGGAAACCAACGAGAAAGACCUGCGGGAGUACUUCAACAAAUACGGCGAUAUCGAGAGCAUCAACGUCAAAACCGACCCGGCGACGGGAUGGUCCCGCGGUUUCGCCUUCAUCGUGUACAAAGUGGCGGAUUCGAUCGACAAAGUUAUAGAAGCAGGCCCCCAUACACUUAACAACAAAAAGAUCGACCCGAAGCGGGCGAAGGCGCGUUCUGGCAAAAUUUUCGUCGGCGGGUUGACGACCGACAUCAGCGAUGACGAUAUCCGGACGUUCUUCGGGAAGUUCGGCAAAAUCGUGGAGGUGGAACUGCCUUUCGACAAACAGAAGAACCAACGCAAGGGUUUCUGCUUCAUUACGUACGACUCGGCACAGGUAGUGAACGAGUUGCUGAAGAGUCCCAAGCAAACUAUUAACGGCAAGGAGGUGGACGUGAAGAAGGCUACUCCCAAACCAGACGGUCAGAUGGGCGGUGCAGGCGGCGGGAUGGGUCGCGGAGGCUACAUGCGAGGCGGCAUGCAUGUCCGGGGUGGUGGAGGCAUGCGUGGUCGUGGCGGAAACAAGGGCGGCUUUGGACAGGGUUGGGGUGGAGGCGGUUACGGUGGCUAUGAUGCCUAUGGGUACGGGGGUGGCCACAGCUACGAUGGCGUCGGCGGUGGAGGGUUCAACGGUGGCUUUGGUUUCGGUGGAGGCGGCUACGGUGGCGGUGGCUUCAUGAACGGUGGUCGUUCGGGUGGCCAGCGAGGAGGUAAUAAGAAUGGUAAUGGCGGAGGCGGCGGAUUUAAGCAGCGUGGGGCUGGUGGGGGUGGUGGUGACCGUCAGCCGCGGCACACACCGUACUGAAAAUCAAAACCAAUGUCCUUCCAACCCGCACCGGGGUGCCGGUGUGUGGCAUUUAUGUUUAGUUCUGUCUUAAGUAAAUCUCACUUCCCAUUCGCUUUGCGUUAACAAUCUGUGGUUCCGCCGUUUUUGGAACCGCGAGCAAGGGAUUAGCUUUAGUGUACGAUAAUGGUGAUUAUUUCACAACUUCAUUUAUAUAUAUAUUUUC